ACGAGACAGCAAAAUGUUUGCUCUAGUGGCGAUGCUGCUCGCAUUUGGUACUGAUGCAUUGACAGUAGAGGUCCCAACUUACCAGCAUAAGGACCCUGGCACAGGGGACAUGCUCACAUGCACACGCUGCCCCCCUGGAACCCACAUGCUCUCGCACUGUUCUCCCACACAAGACACCGUCUGCACUCGCUGUCCAGAGGACCAUUUCACGCAGUUCUGGAACUACUUACCCAAAUGCCUGUACUGCAGCACCUUCUGCGUGGAGAAUCAAUAUGUUCAUGAAGAAUGCUCCCCUACAAACAACCGAGUGUGUGUAUGUCAAGACGGUCAUUACUGGUAUGCAGACUUCUGCAUCAAGCACACGGAGUGUCCGUCUGGAUACGGCGUCCAGAAGAAUGGUACCGUUCACAGUGAUACAAAGUGCGAAAGGUGUCCGCGAGGCACGUUUUCUGCGGUCACGUCAUCGAGCGCGGCGUGCGUAAAGCACACCAAUUGCGCAUCGAAGGAUCUCGUUUUGGCGCUGAAGGGAAACGGUUGGCAUGACAACAUAUGCUCGACAUGCGAGAAUCUUCAGAGUGACGGUGGUGUAACCAUUCUGAAAAGAAUCCUGCCUGACUUCUUUGCACAUGAAAAAAUUCGGCUAUACAAAUUGAAGAGAUUUGUGAGGCAUGAUUUGGGUCAGAGAAUAAAAGGAAAACGCUCUCUCACUUCCAGAGAGCAAAUCUUAUAUUACAUUUCAGAGUGGAUUAGAGACGCUAGUAUGGACCAGUUGAAUAAAUUACCAAUGGUGCUUGGAGAAAGAAACAUCCUCAAUACUGCAGAAAAACUCUCAAAAAUUCUAAAGGAGUUAGAUGCCUCAAAUUGUCUUAUGAAAAAUACAAAAUGUAACACACUGUAAAUGAGUUAUGUUAUAAUAAAAAAAAAGAUUUUUGGGAUUCUCUUGUGUUAAGGCCAUUAAACACCUGCUCAUUGCAUCAUUGUGGCUGUUAUUUAGACUA